CCGUCUGACAGAACAAUAUUUCGCUUUUCUUGAAAGAUUCUCCACAAAAUCACUAUUUGGGAAUUAAUAAAGCUCGAUAAAGUGUAUUUGAAAGCGAAUUAAGAAAAUGAAGACUGUAGUCUUGCUCACGGUACUAAUCAUUACGUGCUACGGGGAGGAAUACCCUGAAGAAACUGCCGAUUUAUUCAAGUCAAAACUGUGGCAAGAAAUCCAGAAGAGACUUUUUGAGAAGGAAAAUGGCCAGACUGACCGUCACCAUGAAGCUAAUCUUUUGGGGCUGAAAGAUGGGUCCAGCAAUACUGUGGAUAAUUCCCCUCAAUGUACCAGGGGGAGUCCGAAUGCAGUGGAUUCCGUUGUAGCAAACACAAUCAUCAAAACAACAGAUUCCGUGAAAAGUGGUGCUGCUUUUCUGGCUUCACCGAAGAUUGCGUCGGCAACGGAAUGCCUGGACAAGUGCUGUCAGAUGUCACAUUGUACUCUCGCAGUUUAUGAAAACAAAAAAAAAAAUGCUUGCUAUCUUUUUGACUGUGGCAAUCCAACCAGAUGUCAGUUUACUGAUCAUGCUAAUUACACUAGCAUCAUACUGAAACCAGCACCAAGAGUAGAAAAAGUGACAACAACAGUCCCAGCUGUAGUACCAGUGGAGAACCAUGAGGAUGCGCUGCAAGGUUUAGUGAAUAAACCUGAAACUGUCCAGCCAACGGAACAUCAGCCUACAAGAACAACUCCACCGGGUACAACUAAGGCUCCAGCGUUGCCACCUACAACAACUGUUCUUCAAGAAAUUGUGCCAGUGAAACUAUUUGCCGCUUGCAGCCAACAUGAAGUCUGUGAAGAUGAGAAUACCGAGUGCAGCUUGGAGCAGUUCUGUGUUUGUAAAGAUGGCUUCUCUCCAAAGAAUGGCAGAUGUGUCUUACCAGAAGAGCCUGUCUCGCAUUGUGGACGAUUCCAGUUUGAGUGCAAGAAUCCCAAGAGUUACCCAAGAUGCAUUGCAAGUUAUGACCGAUGUGACGGUGUAAGCCAGUGUGCAGAUGGAUCGGACGAGGCUGACUGUUUGCCAGCUUAUGCCCCGGAUUAUGAUAAUAGCCAUCAGCCACAACAGCCUGUUAACCCCCCUCAGGAUGAUCAUCCAGUUUAUGAUUCAAGAAAGUAUCCAGAAAGUGGACCACAGAGGCAACCAGUGCAUAAUCCAGAACAUGACGGGGGUAAGCCCCAACCUGGUCUGGGACAAGGGAGUGAGGAUGACAUGGAGUCUCAAUUGCCAAGGCAACGUGAGAAAGUGCCACCACCUACUAGGGGUAGCACUCCACCUGAUUACAGACAGAGGGAAGGACAUGUUGGAGUGGGCCCUCCACAACUCAGUCAUGGUAGAGAUGGUGUCCCCCUUUCCCAAGUCCCCCACGAUAGGGAAGAUACACUCAACCGGAAACGACCUGAUCUCUUUGAUCCAAAUCCAACCGAAUUUCAGCAGCCGUCUCAUGAUAGAUCUGAUAUGGUGAAACCAAAUAUUGUGGUCCCUCCAAGCCAGGAUAGAAAUCAACCAAAUAAUCCUAGACCUGCAUAUAAAACACCCCAACGACAAGGUCAAGGACCAAGUAGUCAGGCUUCUCAUCAAAGAAACAUGCUGGUGGGAAACAACCCUUCUCUGAAUCGAAAGAGACCUGACUUGGCAGAAACACAGCAACAGCCCCUGGGUCAGGGACCAGUGCAGACACCUGGCAGGGGACCUGGAAGUCAGACACAUAUUCUUGGUCGUCCUGAUGGUCAUUACAGUGGCCAGAUUCCUCCUGACCGCAUCCAGGUCCCUCACCAAUCACCUGAUAAUACUGGCAUUCUACCUGAAAGUACCAGAUUACAAAACACUCUACAUAUAGCAAAUCAGCAAAAUUACGGGCCUACAAAUCCCGGACAAGGUCAGCCAUAUGACAAAGAGAGCCACUACCCAUACCCUGACACCAAUCCUUACCAAGAAGCUACUGACCAGUUCAAACCUGGGCAACAAGGAGCAUACAACUCUCAGUACAACUACAACAGUGGCGGAUAUCCUCACCCUGAGUAUGAGGCUGGGUUCCACCCAGUUCCUGAUUAUAAACAGAAGCCUGCCCAGCAGGGCCAGGGACGAUUCAACCAAUAUUACAAUCAGUACGACAAAGACGCCACCUAUGACAAGGAUGUGCCGUUCAUCAACAAUUACGAAGACGUCGGUACCGGCAGCCAACCAAAGUACCCGAACACCGGAACUGGUCAGCGUCCACAGAAUACUAACUACGGCUCCCGCGGCCACUACCCAGAUUAUUACGAGAGUACCGGAUACACGGAUGUGAACAGCAACCCGUACCCGGACCUCUCUGCACCGGCUCAGUACACUAAUUACCACUACAAUGAAGGACCCAUUUCUCCUGAGACCUCAGAGCAGGAGCGCGUCUGGGAGUAUUACGACCAGUUGCAACCGGGCUUGAAUGACGCUAACAAAGGAAAUGAUAAAAACACGCCUGUCUCUGGGCAGGCAGACAGUGACCGACCAGACGAGCGCAUGCGACCAGUUGAAACUGGAUCAGACCUUCCCAUCAAGAUUCAGUCUCCUCGCCCACCUAUUGUUGUCAUGACGACUCGACCACAACCAACUAGACCAAGUCCAGAAGUCAUUGUGGAUCAAACAUUGGAGCAUCCAGCAAAAGAACAAACUGUGCCAAACACUGGCCAUGGUGAGGUUCAGAGUCACCCAGACAAGACAGAGAGUCAGAUGAUCCACCCAAAUCAAGGCAAGAUUGAGGAUGGAGACCCUCAAAGCGCCAGGCCCCAGGUCCCAAAACAAGAAAAACCCAUAGAGACAGGCAGUCAGCCAGAAACAAAAUCAGAUUUAGUUGCACCGGAGAGCAAUGUCGAAAAAUCGGGUGCAAAGAUAACGGAUGAAAAAGAAGCUGCGCCAGAGUCGGUAUCUGCUGGAGAAGUGCCAAAGGGUAAACCUGCAGCUGCUGUGGACCACCAAACUGCUGUGGACCACCCAGCUGCCAGUGAUGUGCAGGUUCAAGCGCAUGUGGAGGAGCCUGAUGAUUCGGGAUCCUCGUUCUUAUUCUACGGAGGAUCCCAAGGUGCGGUUGUGGCACUGUCUUUGAGUCUCGCUAUUACUGUUAUACUUGUAUUAUUCUUAGGAUGUAGAUUGAGGACGGUGAAAAGACGAUUAAAACGUGGCCGCGUUUUAACAUCGAACGAGGCGGACUAUCUCAUAAACGGCAUGUACCUAUAGAGUU